AUGAAGCUCAAAGUUAACGACUCUAAUCCUGGUCAAGUUUCUGCGGAACAUGAUCCAGCUCUACGUAGUGAGGUCCGCGACGACAAUCAACGAGAGUACUUGGUUGAACUUGGACCUUUUCAGCCGAGGUUACCUUGUUUCCCAACCAACCCAGAUAUACCUCAGGGGAAGCAGAAUCAUUUUUCACCACGAUGGUAUGACGAGUAUCCACAUUUGGAAUACAGCGUGGAGAAAGAUGCUGUUUUCUGUUUCGUGUGCUCAUUAUUCGACGACACACCUUCAAAGGAGAAGGCAGACCCAAGCUGGAAAACUACAGGCGUUAAAAAUGGCAUAAGAUGAAAAGUGUUGGUAAAAGCACUUCUCUUCCCAAAGUCAUAAGGCUUCUUUCGGUGCAUACUGUCACUUCCUACAGAGCACAAAGCAUAUCGACAUCCAACUGGAUAAGGAAAAAAGGGUAGCGCAAAUUCAAGAAGCUCAAGAUUUGGAAUAUAACCGCCAAAUCAUUCUUAUCCUCCUGGACAUCGCAAAGACCCCUCGCCAAGCUCUUCCCUUCAGAGGCGACAGCAAUGAAGAUGGUAAUUUUUAUCAAUUGGUCCUUUUGCUCAGCAGACAUGUACCAAACUUAAAACGGUGGCUAACUGACAAAAGGCUGAACCCGUACCACGUCACCUACUUAAGUCCUCAGUCGCAGAAUGAGUUCAUCAUGUUGCUUGAAAAGGAACUGCGAGGAAAAGUAAUAGAAGAAGUUAAAUGUGCGUGUAUGUUUUCCGUUAUGGCAGAUACUACUCCGGACGAAGAGCACACGGACAGACUCUCCGUUGUUCUAAGAUAUGUCAGCGCCACUGGAAAGCCAACUGAAAGAUUGCUGGAUCUUUCGAAGACGGAGGACAAGACAGGUCUUGGACAAGCACAAGACAUCCUGUCGACGAUAAAGCGGUGUGGUUUGAAUACCGAUAGCCUGUGUUUUCAGUCAUACGACUUCGCCGCCGCAAUGUCUGGUGAAUUCAAUGGUGCCCAGAAGAAUUUGUCCGAGCUUGUUGGACGCCAUAUUCCUUACAUACCAUGUCAAGCACACCGCUGCAACACCGUAAUUGAGCAUAGUUGUAACGCAAGCGCCAUUGUCCAGGAAAUGUUUGAGAUACUGCAGGCACUUUAUGUGUUCUUCACAUCUAGUACGAAACGGUUUCAGCCACUGAAAGAUGAAAUUACCAAGGUCGAGAACUGCCUGAUGCUCAGAAACCUGUCCAAAACCCGAUGGAGUGCAAGGGCGGAGAGUAUUCAAGCUGUCUGGACAUCAUUUGAAGUGAUUCUGGAUGUAUUAUACGCGGUUACCAGCAAAGCAGAUGCAAAAACCAAAACGCAAGCACUUGGUUUAAGGAAAAAAUUCUUUCGCUUGACUUUGUUGUUGCACUGAUGUUCAUGAAAAACAUUGCGUAUAAAACGAAAAGUCUGGUAGUGGAGCUGCAAUCAGUUGAGCUCAAUGUUUUGGAUGCAACAGGCCUUGUUGAUGGAACGCUAAGCAUCAUGCAGAAGUUACGAGAUGACGACAAAUUGAUGGACGAUCAAAUUGAGGCAUCCGUAAUCUUCGCCAAAAACAUCGAAAUUGACGCGGAAGCAGAUUUCAACCGUCAUCAUCGCCCAAGGAGAGCAUCUGGACGCGUGGAUGAGCAAGCCGGAACAGCAACCAAGUUUUCACUUCGAGCCUACUACAGAAAUCAAUUUCGCGAAGUCCUUGAUGUUCUGACAUCCCGAAUGAGAGAACACUUGGUGCAGUGUAAGAAGAGCAUUUUGCCUUUGUUAAAGUGUUUGAAGCCACCAAUCGAUGUAUCGUGCAUUCAUUCCGCUGUCUCAUUAUUUCCACCUGCACAAUCACCUGACCCAUUAGCUGUAGAAGCCGAAUUACAAGUAUUGGCAGAGUUAUUACCUUCCGACGUUGGCAAAGACUAUAACAAGGUGGUUGAAGUCAACGAAGCCAACAAAAUGUCCCUUCCAUUGGCAAAUUCGACAGUCAGAUUGAUGCUUACGGCUCCUGUGACUGUGGCUUCAAACGAACGUUCAUUUAGUCAAAUGAAGUUUGUGAAGAACAAACUACGUACGUCAAUGAAUGACUCAAGACUGACUGGUCUUAUGCUUUUAACCUGCGAGAAAGACCUUACAGACAUUCUUGACUUGGAAAAAGUUGCAAAAGAGUGGAGCCUGUUGAAGAAAAGACGAGUUCGUAUACACUAAAACUUGCAAAUGGCGAACGUAUCUCGAUCGAGUAUCGAUAAAUAUACUAAUACGUUUGUAAUAUACUCUAAAUGUACUGAUCAAAUACUCUAACAAUUAAGAGUGGACUAAUAUACUUUUAGCUAAACAGUAAUUUACAAGGAAAGUACGAACAGACGGAAGAGUGUUCUAGCUAUAUAUGAUUUAGUUUCAUUUAUAUAUCCACAUCUUUAUUUUUGAGGGAACAGUAUAUUAAUAAAUAAUUCCUGGUGUGUACAAUACGGAUAGUAUAUAUUUGUACAUUAAAUAAUGACUCAUCAAUGGUCGCGACAUGCACACAAUGUGGCAUAAAGUUAACAAAAUUUUUGAAAAACUCGGCAAAUUCAACUAGCGUCACUCGGCAAUUUGACCUUCGACACCCCCCAAUCCAUAUCCCUUCGCGACGGCUCUGAGAAGGCUAAUCGUAGACAAAGGAAAAUCCCUAGAUCGUUGAAAUAUGGAGGUAGCAUACUGACGGAAAGGCUUUCCACCACAAGCAAAUCAGAUGAUAAAAGCACUGAAUGCUACUGAUCACAUGCGCCGAUCAUAUUAUGAGGUCAUUGACGUCGGAUUGUGGAAAGUAUUAACACGAGGUUUGGGCAAAAAUAUUCUUCGUUGAUCAAGAAUAUCUAGAGCAAAUCCUGUUAAGAUCCAUGUUUGAAACUAGAGGAUUUCCGAUAGAUCGCAUGAUAGAUAACCUAACGCAUGCCUUGAUCGAUAAAGAAAAGCUGAGAACUCAACUUGACGACCUGCCCACAAUCCUUGGUCUUUACAAUGUGGAGAAGAAGAAGAAAAUAACAUCAAUUUCUCGAAUAUCGACCAUCGCCGAUAUCUUCAACUCUCUGCCGUCUGCCAAGAAACAGUGCUUGGAAGUCCACACGAUGAUCAAGCUGUACUAUACUAUGCCCCUCACAUCGGCCUCCUGUGAACGCACAUUCAGCGCAAUGCGCCGACUUAAAACGUGA